AUGGCUUCAUCAUCCGCGGGAGUCUUCAAUGCUUCCAAACUGGCCAUCAUCUUUGCUCUGCUGUGUUCGCUUUAUCUAUUCCGCGACAUCUGGCUUCCAUCCACACCUACCACGUUGGUUCAAGGCACACCCACAACUACGACUGUCGCUGCAUCGUCUCCAACAGCUGAGAUUGAAUUGAUCUCCAACCACACCGUGGUGGUACCACAGGAUGUCAACUGCCUCAAUGCUCCGGGCUCUGACCGUGUCAUGAUUGUGCUCAAGACUGGUGCAUCAGAAAUCUACGAGAAACUGCCAACCCACCUUAUCACUCUUUUCAGAUGCACUCAGCACUAUCUCAUCUUUUCGGACCUACCUCAGACAUACUCCGACUAUCAGAUCCAUGAUGCUUUGGAGACUGUCAGUGACAAGUACAAGAACGAUCACGAAGACUUCGAACAGUACCGGAAACUGCAAAAGUAUCAUCGCGAGGGUCAGAAUGUCGCAAAGCUGAAGGGUAGCAAGGGUUGGAGUCUCGACAAGUGGAAGUUCCUGCCCAUGAUCCAUGAAUCAUAUCGCUUGGCCUCCCCGGAUGUCGACUGGUUCGUGUACAUCGAAGCUGACACUAGUAUGAGCUGGGUCAAUCUUCUGCAGUUUCUUGGACGAUUGGAUUCAAAGAAGCCUCUGUACCUCGGUGCGCAGAAUGUCGUGGGUGGUACUACUUUCGCACAUGGUGGUUCAGGCUUCAUCAUAUCGCGCGGUGCGGCAAAGAAGAUUGAGGCUCGCAGGAAAAAGAUGGGUGUCAAGGCAUACGACGACCGAUGGGAGCUAUCGACAAGCUUGUCUUGCUGUGGAGACGAAGUUGUCGCUCGUGCACUGGCCGAAGUUGACGUUGAUCUGACACCUUCCUGGCCUCGUCUUCAGGGAGAGACGGUUGAUACACUGGACUGGACAGAAAGACACUGGUGUACUCCUGCAAUUACCUGGCACCACGUCACCCCUUCGCAGGUGGACGGUAUGUGGCGUUUCCAGAACAAGUGGGUGAAGGAGAACGGAUGGUCGAAGCCUUAUCUUUACCGCGAUGUCUAUGAUGGCUUUGUUGCUCGCCACGUCUCUGUAAACCGUACCAGCUGGAACAACAUCUCCAAGGACAGAGAAUUCAAGUUGCCUGACAAGGGCUCCAGCGACAAAUCUAAGGAAGCUUGGGAAAGGCUCUCCGAAGUCGAGAAGAAUUCAGUACAGAGUUUCGAUGGGUGCGCUGAAGCUUGUCGCGCAUGGAAUGAUUGCCUGCAAUGGAUGCACGAAGACGGUGUCUGCAAAUUGGGCAAAGACGUCAGGCUAGGAGAGACUGACGAGAGGUACGACAAGACAUGGUCAAGCGGAUGGCUACAAGACCGCAUCCAAGGAAUGCGGGACGACCUAGCCGACUGCAAAAUCAACUGGGACAACUAA